AUGGGGAAUGGCAUACAGUACAACUCUAGACAACCUACUCACUCACCACCACAACAACAGCACGACGUCGACAUGGGCAACGCAAACUCCCAGAUGCUCGACAGCAUCGUCAGCGGCUCAAAUUUCGACAGAGAUGAGGUCGACCGCCUAAGAAAACGCUUCAUGAAACUCGACAAAGACAACUCCGGCACAAUCGAACGCGACGAAUUCCUCUCUCUCCCCCAAGUCUCCUCAAAUCCCCUCGCAACGCGCAUGAUCGCCAUCUUCGACGAAGACGGCGGCGGCGACGUCGACUUCCAAGAAUUCGUCUCUGGCCUCAGCGCCUUCAGCUCCAAAGGCAACAAGGAAGAGAAGCUCCGCUUCGCCUUCAAAGUCUACGACAUCGACCGCGACGGCUACAUCAGCAAUGGCGAGCUCUUCAUAGUACUGAAGAUGAUGGUCGGCAGCAACUUGAAGGACCAGCAGUUGCAGCAGAUUGUGGAUAAGACGAUUAUGGAGGCCGAUCUGGACCAUGAUGGAAAGAUUAGUUUUGAGGAGUUUACGAAGAUGGUGGAGAAUACGGAUGUGUCGAUGAGUAUGACUUUGGAUCAGUUUUAG